CGCCGCCGGGACGGCGUACUUUGUCUGAAAAGAAGAAAUAACUACAAACAGCAGCAAUAUAGCAGAUUGCCUCUCCUCCAGUCUGGUUAUGCAGUAGCGAUGGAGACUUCUGAUGAAGAAAACUUUGGUGUAGCCAUCUCUUCCCCUUCUGAUGCAGAGUUUGAUGCAGUUGUUGGGUAUCUGGAGGAUAUUAUAAUGGAUGAUGAUUUCCAAUUAAUACAGAGGACUUUUAUGGAGAAGCACUACCAGGAGUUUGAUGACUCAGAAGAAAACAAGCUCAUCUAUACUUCGAUUUUUAAUGAAUAUAUCUCUUUAGUAGAGAAAUACAUCGAAGAAAAAUUGCUUGAUCGAAUUCCUGGUUUUAAUAUGACCGCUUUCACAACGUCAUUGCAACAGCACAAAGAUGAAAUGGCAGGGGAUAUAUUUGAUAUGCUUCUCACAUUUACUGACUUUCUGGCUUUCAAAGAGAUGUUCUUGGAUUACAGAGCUGAAAAAGAAGGUCGAAGUCUGGAUUUAAGCAGUGGGUUGGUGGUGACUUCAUUAAACAAAUCAUCAAUAUCCUCCUCCUAGAACAGUUUAUGCACUGCUUUCCUUCUCCAGAUGAGUUCUGCUGCUUCCAUUUGGACAUUAAAACACUAAAGGUCACGAGAAUCAAGGUGCUUUUACAUGAUGAACACUCAUUCACCCUCCGGACUAUACCUUCAGAGGCCUGAUCCUAGAAACGUCUGUGAAUUCUGGUUGGUAUUCAGUGACCACAGAAGAAGAAAUUUUCAGCUCUACCAGAGUAAUUUUGUUUUAAUAAAUACACAGUAUUUUUACAGCAGCCUAACUGUUGUGCGUGCUGAGAAGCCCAGCAUGCUGAGAGGACAAGAAAUAGGCCUGUGCAAGUGUUAUUUGGGUUGGCUUCUUAACCAUCUUCCCAAAACGUAGAACUUUUCAGAAUCAAGACGACAAUGUGAGAAGAGUAUGUCCCUCCAGCUCUUUUAAGAACAGGUGUGAAUACAUAACCUCUGAGUUCCUCCCCGUCAAUGUUUUGUUGGUUUGGGUUGGUUCUUUUUUUAAAAUACUUUAAUAUGAUCUUAAGAGCUACAGCUUUCUAACGGAAGAGUAUGUUUUAAUAUGUAGAUGUUCUAGCAUAAGACUGCCUCUCAGCUCUGACAAUUGAUGUGUUACUGUGUACAUGUCUGCUCUCUGGCUUUUAUAAGUCUCAUCCUUGAUGUGCAAAGUUCUCCGAUUCACUUUUGUUCAGGCCCCAGCUAUUCUACAUUGGGAAAAACAACCACGAUAAACCAAAGUCUGGCCUAUGUAUGCAAUUUCUUACUUUCUUUUUGGCAGUGGCACAGCUGCAUUAGCUCUAGUAAUAUCAGCUUGACGGUAGGUGGGGUGCAGACAUGUUUACCACCAUGUCAUUUACUGCUCUAAAUAGCAUGCUGAUUAAAAGGCGUGGUUUUGCUAUUAAGCUGUUAGCAACAUUAGUGCAGCAAUGCAUUUUUCAGCAUCUGUUGAAAAAUAGACGAGUGGCUUGCUGAUGGAGCUGUAGCCAUAAGGCUGUCACAAAACCCCAGGUGCAUCUCUCUUGGCGGUUGGAAUAAAAAUGCGUUUGGAGCUACAGGCAGCCUCUGUUCUUACGCUGCUAAGACACGUUAAUCUGCUGCUUAAUGACGUGCUCAGGUAAUGCAAGUGUGUCUUUAAAAGCCUCAGAGUAGACAGAAACACAGGAUGGGGAGCAGAACCCUCUGUCCCACAGCAGGUUGAUGCAGCAGCGGUGAAGGUGUUGAUCGGUGGCUGUCACCCGAUGAGAACCUGGCCUAGACAGAACAAAAUUAUGGCCAGGCCGUGACAAAUUUCUGUUUGUGGACAAGAAAAGUCUUACAAGAACAAACAAGGUGAAGCACUGGAAGAGGCUGCCCAGGGAGGUGGUGGAGUCACCAUCACUGGAGGCGU